GCACCGACCGACCGACCGACGACACCGCCAGGUCCGCCACCACCACCGGUACAAGGCACGCACUCCCAGAAAUCGCGACACGUCGAACCACGCACGACGCACGCACGCACGCAGACGCAGGCGAAGACGGCAUGCGCGCCCUGAUGCCGGAGCAGAGGAAGGGUCGGUCGCGGCUCGCCGCCGUCCGGGUGGGGCGGUCGCCGGCGGCGGCGUCGCCGUCCCGCCGCCGCCGCAAGAGCGGGAGCGGCUCGACGGCGGCGCGCCCGGUGCCGACGCCGGGCCCGUCGCGGUCGCGGACGCGGACGCGGCGGGAGGGGAAGAGGCGGGCGCUCGCGCGCUCCGCGUCCGAGCCGCUGCUCUGGUUCGGCGACGCGCGGGUCCACGACGUGCCGCCGCACGGGCCCGGGCUCGGGCUCGGGCUCGAUUGCCCGCCGUCCCCUCCGCCGCCGCCGCUCGAGCGUCCGCACACUUGCUUCGACGUCUUUGCCCCGGAGUUCGGCCGCUCCCCCUCCUACGCCUCCCUCACCAGUCCCUGCCCCCGGGAGGAGGCGAAGGUGGUGGUGAGCGUGACGGUUGAGGGCAGCGUCGGCCCGGUGAAGGCCAUGGUCAGGCUGGGCGCCAGCGUCGGGGAGGCCAUUGCUGCCGUGGUCGAGAGGUACGCCAGGGAGGGGAGAAGCCCGCGCCUGGACCCGGCCGCAGCCGAGAGCUUCCAACUUCACCACUCCCACUUCAGCCUUGAGAGUCUGAACAAGAAGGACAGAAUCGGAGACGUGGGAGGUAGGAACUUCUACCUGCACAAGAACGAUUCAAGCAACGACGGGCUCUACCUCCAGGGCCAGGAGGAGCCCGGUGCAGAUCCAAGUGGUGGUGACAUCAGCCGGCACUCCUCCUCAGGAGUAGGACAAGCAUCUGGUGGCGCUACAAGUCAGCACCAGGUCCUCACCAUCGUCAUCAGCAAGCUGGAUAAGAUUGGGCGGCGGACGAGGCGGAUCUGGAGGUUCAUCACCUGCAACAACUGCGCAUGACGCAGCACAAUGCACAAAGCAUCUGCUGCACAACAGUGCAGGCAAGAGGUAGUUAGCUAAUUAACCAGUGAAAGGCUUGGCAUGGAUUCUGGUUAACCAGUGUGUGGUGUGGUGUGGUGUGUAAUCCUAAUUCCUAGCAGCAGUUAACCAGUGUACAUGCCAUUGUGGUUGUGGUUAAACCACAAGAAGAGCCAGUGGGGAAGGGGAUAGCCCCACUAAGCAGAGUCAUGGGCACCUAUCGCCGAUUUAUUAAGAUAUGUGUCCAUGCGCAUGUAUAAAAUUCAAAAGUUGUAGCUCGAAAGAAAAAUUACAGCUCUCUCUCUCUCUCUCUCUCUCUCUAUACCGUGGUCGGUGCUGCAGUGUGUCGUUGUCUGUCGUCUCUGCCCAGCUGGGACUGGUUUUACAUGAAAACCUUGAAAACUUGUAAGGCUUCGAUUUUCAA